CAGGCUUCUCUGCAACUGGAAUAUACCCAUUAGAUCCAUCGCGACCUCAGCCGACGAUAGCCCCCCUAUCAGAACGACCAACUUGUAAGGUGACAGGAAGCCUAGACUAUCACGUCACAUAGACCAAAAGAUCUAGGAAUUCUGUCACUUAGUGACAGAAUUGAGGCUUAACCCUGCUUAUAGCUCUGUAUUCCCUUACAAUUAUACUCCCCUCUAGAGCUACUCGUCCCGAGUAGAUAAAGCAGGUAACUCUAAGGGCGAGCAAGCUCGAGAAGAUCCCCAGGGAUACACCCUGUGAGCAGAAACGUAAGGCCAAUUCUAACUUGUUAUACAGCCCGCUACACGGGUAUCGCAUGACCGGCGACUUUGCUCAGAGGCACAUUAGGCAUGUUCAGAGGUCCCGGCCUCGGCAACUUGCUCAGAGGCACAAUUUUAGGCAUGUCAGAGGUUCCGGUAUCGGGCGGACCCCCGCAGGCGAUCCGCGACACUUGGCUCCAUUAGCGAAUGAAAAGCCAGAACACAGGCUAGAAUCGAACCCAGACCACCCACUAAGUGACAGAAUUGAGGCUUAACCCUGCUUAUAGCUCUGUAUUCCCUUAC